UGCUGUUUAAAUAAUGUGGCAUCUCUAAGUUAUGUGAUUGGGCCUGUGCGUUGACGAAAAAACGAAGGGUUUUACAAUAUUUCUUUAUACAAUUAGAAACCAAUAAUUUUGUUGUAAAAAUUGGAAAAGUGUUAAAACGCAUAUUAAGUGAAACAUUUUGUUGUCUACUGAGGUUUAAAAAUAUCGAAGUUCAAUAAUACAGGAAUACUGAAAAUGUGGAUGGCCAAUGCAUAAGCACCAAAGACUGUCUGUCAGCCAUAGGCGUCCCGAAGUCAAGUUGGAAAAAAUAACAAAAUUUCUUGCCCAAUUGUCAAAAGACAGAUAUUGCAAAAGCGCUACCCUUUUUUCAUAAUAUUUUAAAAUAAGGCAAAAUGUACAAAUUAAUGUUAUAAUUUUACAUUAAAACAAGUUUUGUGUGGUGAGAAAUAAUAUUUUUCGUAUCAUGUGUGACGUUUUGUCGAAAACAGGAUCAAAAUACUAAACUCACAAAACUCCAUGUUAAAACUUUUCAAGUAUAAAAUUUUCUAAAAUCUUGCGAGCGUAAAGGUGCUGGUCUACUGUAGUAAUACGUGUAAACUGACUGUAGAAGAGUAGAUGCGAAAGGUUAUAUUUACUGACAAGUAACAGAUAACAGCAUGAUUAUACAGGAGCCCGUACAGGCCGCCAUUUGGCAUUGCCUCAAUUUUUACGAUUGCAAAGAUGCAGUUUUCCUGUCGGAACGUCUCUGCUGUGAAGUCGAGACAGAUGAAACGAUUUUUCUGCUAGCCACUAGCUACUACAGAUCAAAUCUGAUACACCAAGCUUACUGGUUGCUAAAAGAGAAAGCACGACGUUCACCGUAUUGUCGAUUCUUGCAAGCGAAAUGCGCUUACCAACUAAAGAAGUAUGCUGAGUCCGAGUGUGUGCUGGUCAACGGAGGUUUUGGUGACAUCAAAAAUCUGGAAGAUAUUGCGAAAGAAUUUGGCGAAAUUGCAUGUUUUGUACUGCAGCUGAUCGCACAGAUAUGUGUGAAAACCGAAAGAAGUAAAAUGGCUGCAGAAGCACUACGCCGGGCACUAAAACUCAAUCCAUUUAUGUGGCAAACAUUCGCCGAUCUUUGUCACAUGGGCGAAUAUGUUGACCCUGCUACCACGUUUCAAAUUUCCAACACGGACAUCUUCAAUACAUGCCAAGGCAGCGCAAAUUCGAAUUCAAUGGUCUUGUGUGGUAACGGAGGACAAAAUGUAAUGCUAAAUGAAAGCAGUAGUCAGUAUUUAAGCAACAUUGGCAUAAAUAAUCCCACUUCGGAUGUCCUAAUAAAUAAUACCAAUAAUAGUUCAAAUUACAUACUUUGCACACCAGUUGAGCAACAAUGGCAAUCACAAGCACAGCCAAACAUCAUAACGCUCCAGAGUCUAAUAACCCCAAAUAAUAAUAGCAACAAUUUAAACAACUCCAUGUCCAUGUUACGCGGUGUCAACACAGCAAAUGUAUCGGUUGGCAGUAGUUUACAAAACUCUGGCAUGAUGAUGCUGGAGGAUACACCAGUCGGUUAUACCACCGGCAACACCAAUGAGCAUACUAGUUUGAAUCCCAUACAAAAUUUCGACGUUGGAGCCGGUACUCCGUUUCGCCGCCAAUUCAAAUACCUCUCAGCAAUCUCACCAACAACACCUAGCUUCGGUAUUUUGCCAAUGCAUAGCCCAUGCGCUGGUGAUUCCUCUUUUAUCGGUACUGGUCAUGCACAAACGAAUAUAAGCGUGUUGAAUACACCUUCACCACAGACAUUGAUGGAGGCAAAUCAGGAGCCCAAAAUAAUUGGCAAGAAAAUGAAAAGUCAUGUUAGUAGUCUUAUAAAUCGGAAAGAAGGUGGCACAACCACAAAUAAACCUGCCGUUUUCACACAAACCGGUAAUGUUACGCCACGCACACCCAAUAAUCAAGGCGGUGUUUCGUCAGGUUCACUUAUACCCAACGCAGCCGUAAGACGCAGUUCUCGCUUGUUUAGUAACAGUGCCUAUUCCGUAAAAGAAAACAACAAAUCUCCGAAUAUUACUAGCAACAAGUUUGCACUGCCACGCUCUCCACCGCGGAAAACCAAGACGCGCAUGCCCAAGAUUUCUUUAAAUAACGAACUGAUCGAAGAUAAAAGUAUUAACAUUAAUGCGGACAAACUGAAUGAGAAGAACGCACGUAAGGACAAAGAAAAGGUUGAGACAAUAACAUCAGCCACUGGUCACAAUCGUUCCAUCGAAGACACCAAAGUCUUACUGAAUAACAGUUUGAAUAAUGCACAAACGAUGGCACACCAUGUGCUCACGCUGAAGAAACAAUCGGCCGAUGGUUUGAUGACAUUGCUAAAAGAUUUGGGUGAAGGUUUUAAACUCCUCACAGUUUAUCAGUGUAAAGCAGCGAUUAAACAUUUUGAAACGAAAAUACCAAAGCAUCACUUGUGCUCGAGUUGGGUACAGUCACUCAUUGGUUUGGCUCACUACGAACUGCGCGCAUAUGAAUCUGCGAUUUCUGUAUUUAAAGACAUACACGAAACUGAACCACAUCGUUUGGAAUAUAUGGAGAUAUACUCAUCGUCACUUUGGCAUUUGCAGAAGGAAGUCGAUUUAUCGGCACUAGCACAGGAUCUAAUAAAUCAAGAUAAGACAUCACCGAUCACUUGGUGUGUAGCUGGGAACUGCUUCUCAUUGCAUAAAGAGCACGAGACGGCAAUUAAGUUCUUCAAGCGGGCCGUGCAGGUGGAUCCCGAUUUUGUUUACAGUUACACGCUACUUGGCCAUGAACUCGUGUUAACCGAAGAAUUAGAUAAGGCCGCCGACUAUUUCCAUGCCGCUGUUGCACGCGAUCCGCGUCACUACAACGCGUGGUUCGGCAUGGGCACUAUCUAUUCGAAACAGGAAAAAUACGAGUUGGCUGAAUUGUAUUACAUCAAGGCAUUAAAGAUCAAUCCGCAAAAUUCGGUCAUUCUAGUGCACAUUGGUGCCAUGCAAUAUUUUAUGCAGAAAAAGGAGCAAGCGCUGCAAACACUCAACACGGCCGCAAUGUUGGAUCCCAAAAAUCCAUUAGCACGUUUCCAUCGUGGCUCGAUUUACUUCUCAUUGGGAAAGCAUCAAGAGGCAUUGCGUGAACUCGAGGAAUUGAAGGAGGUGGUGCCAAAGGAGUCGGUAGUAUUCUAUUUAAUUGGAAAAAUACAUAAAACGCUAGGUAAUGUGGAUUCAGCACUUAUGCACUUCAGCUGGGCCACCGAUCUGGAUCCGAAGGGUGCAAAUAACCAAUUAAGAGAUGCUUUCGAUUCUGCCGUUGUACCGAUGUUCAGUCCCGCCAGAAAUGAUCAGAGCGUAGAUGCAGAUCAGGAUCCAGAACCGACAUCAGAUCGUUCGGAUGACUCAACGCAGGCACAACAAGACAUAAAUUAUGACAGUGAUGCUUAUUGAAUUGCUACAUUUGAGUGAUUUAUAUCUUCUUCUCCACUGCACUUACGUGCUUGAAGCGUAUUCAAAACAAAGGUGUAACCAAUUGAUUUGUUAAUGCUUUUUGUGUGUGUGUAAUAUUAAGUGAGUGCUUCUUCGGUUAAACCACUGACCGAUCAAA